GGGGACGGUGCAUGGGUGCAUAGCAAAGACAACGUUGCUAAAAUUCAAAAGGGGAACGAGUAGGGGCAUUUUGGUGAUUACAAACCGAAACAUGAAACGUGGCGUGAAACGAGAGGAAACAACAGCUAUAGGGUGUCUUUUACUUCAUAUAUUCCCCAUUUUGCAUUUAGAAAACCACUCUUAUUACCACUCACUGCCACUCUCUCUCUCUUUUCUCACUCUUCUCUCUCUCUCCACCGUCAAACUCAGGCAUCCCGUUUUCCGAUCUCUCUCUCUCACUCUCUCUCCUCUUCCUUCGCCACGCGCCUCUCACUCUAACCUUAGCUACGCGACAUUGGCGUUUUCUAGAACGUGCUUCGUUUCUUUCGUUGUUUGUUUAUGACAAUGUCGUUUUGUUCGAGCUACGAGCGUUUUGGUUUUUACGUGCAGAUUUGAACUUUGCGAGAGAUUCAGUAGUUUCUUUUUUUAUGGUUUUUGGAGAGUGCACUGUGCAUCCGGUGUAGGAAACUCUGGUUUUUGGUUGUGUGAGGUGAACGAGAAGCUGAGUUAGGUUUUUGGGUUGGGGCUUUGGGGGAUUUAGGGUUCGUGCCGUUUGAAUUUUGGGGAUGAAUCGUAGUUUCAGGGCUCAGGAAUCGAAAAUGCAAGCUGCGCUGAAGCAGAGGGAGCAGCAAUUUGGGGGUUUGAGGGCUUCUGUCAUGAAGGAGAAGGAUGAGGAGCUUGCAUUGUUCCUCGAGAUGAAGAAACGCGAGAAGGAGCGGAAUGAUCUUCUGCUUCACACCUCCGAGGAGUUCGAUGCAGCUCUGGGGUCAAAUCCGGGAACUUCUCCCAUAUUUAACAUUUCAUCAUCUACGCCGGCUCCUGUGCGGAAGACUGGUGUUGAUGAUUUUCUCAAUUCGGAGAAUGACAAGAAUGACUAUGACUGGCUUCUAACUCCUCCUGGUACUCCUCUUUUUCCCUCUUUGGAAAUGGAAACUCGAAAGACUGUUAUGAGUCAGCUUGGUACUCCAGCCACACGUCCCAUGGCAUUGAAAUCCAGAUUAGCAAAUCAUCAAUCAGAGCCUCCUGGUAGGACUAGCUUAGUAUCUAAACAACCUACUUCCUCUCCUGGGUUGAGCUCUGCAAGUGGCGGAACUAGGAGGCCCUCAUCAUCUGGGGGUCCAGGAUCACGACCUGCAACUCCUACAGGUCGCUCUACAUUAACCCCAGCUUCAAAAUCCUCAAGACCUUCUACACCUACUCGGGCUACCUUACCUUCAACUAGGUCCAUGGUAGCUACAUCCAAGACCACAAUUUCCUCAGCCAAGCCUGCAGUUUCUGCCACUAAAUCUUUGACUUCUGCUACUAAGACUCCGGUUCCUGCGGCUAAACCCACAAUUCCAAGAUCCUCUACACCUUUGUCAAGAUCUAAUGCAAGAUCUUCUACACCAACUAGUAGGCCUACUUUACCUCCUUCCAGGUCCACAUCAAGAGCAUCUACUCCAACUCGGCGACCAUCAAUUGAACCCAGUAUAUCUGCUUCUUCAGUUAAAGCAUCUUCAAGCCCCAAGCCGGCUACUGUGACAUCAAGGCAGCCAACUCCUGUGACAGCAAGACAGCGAGCUACUGUGACCUCAAGGCAGCCAGUACCAUCACGUGGCACUUCACCAACAGUGAGAUCAAGACCAUGGAAGCCAUCUGAGAUGCCAGGUUUUUCACUUGAUGCUCCCCCUAAUUUGAGAACAACAUUACCUGAAAGGCCACUUUCAGCAACUAGGGGCAGGCCCGGAGCACCCACUUCUCGGUCUUCAUCUGUUGAGCCUUCUUCUAGUGGAAGACCCAGACGGCAAUCAUGCUCUCCUUCAAGAGGACGGUCUUCCAAUGGCACUGUCCAUAUCAGUGGAAACUCUAUGCCAGCAGUUAGCCGGGGACACUCCAAAGUGAAUGACAAUGUCAGUCCUGUUGUAAUUGGCAACAAAAUGGUAGAGAGGGUAAUAAAUAUGCGAAAACUAGCACCUCCAAUGAUUGAUGACAAAAACUCUCCCCGCAGUAAUCUCUCUGGCAAGUCGUCAUCAUCUCCAGACAGCUCAGGUUUUGGAAGAACGCUCUCAAAGAAGUCCUUGGAUAUGGCUAUUAGGCAUAUGGAUAUAAGGAGAACCAUUCCAGGCAAUUUACGGCCAUUGAUGACAAAUAUUCCAGCAUCUUCUAUGUAUAGCGUGAGGUCUGGUCCUCAGCGUGGUCGAACGAUUAGUGUUUCAUCUCCUCAUGCCACAAGUAGUAACGCUAGUUCUGAAGUGAGUGUGAACCAAAAUGGCCUUUGUUUAGAUAGUAGUGAAGUAGAUGAUGAUAUUGGUAGUGAGAGAUGUGGUCAAUCCCCUGCAAGUGUACGGGGCAGGUAAACUUUUAACAAUUUGGGAACUCAACAUAUAUUUAAACAGCAGCAGCGAUCAUAUCCUGAGUUUCAGCCAUAUCGGAUUUGCAUAUGGAGCUAACCAUGAUUGUACUGAUGUAAAGCUUCCUGGAAAUGAUGUAACCUCUUGUAGGGACCUCUGAUUUUAAUUAGAUCGGUUAUAUGUUGUAGCGGUAAUGCUCAUUUUUUAAAACAAGCCAAGGUUUAUCCUCGAUUUUGAAAAUUGAGCUUAUCAUCCACAAACCAUAAGCCAUAUUUAUUC